AUGUUGGCUUCCAUGGCCAACCGAGGAGCCUCUUCUUCUUCUGCUCCUUUCACCAAAUCAUGGAAAUACCAUGUCUUUCUGUGCUUCAGAGGCGAAGACACGCGCCACAACUUCACAGACCAUUUGUAUAGCGCUUUAUGUCAACAAGGCAUUAACACCUUCAGGGAUGAUGAUGAGCUCAGAAUAGGAGAAGAAACAUCAAGCGCGCUUCUCACAGCAAUUGAAGAAUCAAAGAUUUCUGUCGUUGUGUUCUCUAAAAACUAUGCCUCUUCAAAGUCGUGUUUGGAUGAACUUGUUAAGAUUCUUGACUGCAAAGAAUCAAAUCAACAACUGGUCAUGCCAGUUUUUUACAAGGUGAAUCCGUCAGAUAUACGGAAUCAUAGAGGAAGCUUCGGGGAUGCACUGGCUAACAUGGACUGCAAUAAUGUGGAGAAGAUCAACAGAUGGAAGGAAGCUCUUUCACAAGCAGGAAAAUUGGCGGGGUUCACUCUGUCCGAUGAACAUAGAUCUGAAGCUGAACUGAUUCAUAAAAUUGUUCAACGCAUUUCACGGGAAGUAAUAGACCGUACAUAUUUAUAUGUGACAGAGUAUCCAGUUGGAAUGCACCAUCCUAUAGAAGAUAUAACUAAGCUUUUAGAUUUGGGGGAAAAAAAUGUUCGUAUGGUAGGGAUAUGGGGAACUGGUGGAAUUGGUAAGACCACAAUUGCUAAAGCUGUUUAUAAUUCAAUUGUCCAUGAAUUUGAAGGUAGUUGUUUUCUGGAAAACGUUAGAGAACGUGCAAUGUGGCAGAGAGGAGGUUUAGCCAAACUACAAGAGAAUCUUCUUUCUGACAUUUUAAGGGGAAAUUUUUUUGAGAUGCCCAACGUUCAUAUAGGAGCCACUAUGAUACGAGAAAGGUUGAGUGGUAGAAAGAUUCUCUUGGUUCUUGAUGACGUGGAUGACAUGGAACAGUUACACAAGUUAGUUGGGGCAUGUGAUUGGUUUGGUGCAGGCAGUAGAAUUAUCAUAACAACAAGGGAUAAGCAACUGUUAACUGCUCAUGAUGUUAAUUUAAUACACGAGGUCAAGAUUUUAGAUUAUUAUAAAGCUCUUGAGCUCUUCUGCUGGCAUGCCUUCAAAAGAAGUGGGCCUCCUUUGGGUGAUUAUGUGAAACUUGCAGAACGUGCACUACGCUAUGCUCAAGGCCUUCCUUUGGCUUUGAAAGUUCUAGGUUCUUGUCUAUAUGGUGGAAGUAUUGAUAUUUGGGAAGCUGCAUUACAUGGUUUCAAAAGCCCGAAAAUUCAAGAUGUUCUCAAAAUAAGUUACAAUGCAUUGGAUCAUAGCGUACAACAAGUUUUCCUUGACAUUGCAUGUUUCUUUAAGGGUAAAAGUAGAAUGCGUUUGACAAAAAUAGUUGUAGCUUGUGACCCCAGAGCGAGGUAUAGCAUUGAAGUACUCAUGGAAAAGGCACUCAUAAGUGUUGAAGGAGAUUAUAUUUGGAUGCAUGACUUACUAGAAGAGAUGGGUAAGGACAUAGUUCAGCAAGAGUCGCCCGAUGAACCUGGAGGUCGUAGCAGAUUGUGGUCUCAUGAAGAUAUCGAGCACGUUUUGACUAAUGAUACUGGAACAGAAAAAAUCACAGGCAUUAUGUUAAAUUCCCCUGAAAUGGAUUAUGAGAUAUUCUUGGAUGUUGACUGCUUCUUAAAGAUGAAAAAUCUUAAAAUUUUCAUGAACUAUAACGUAUGUCUUUCUGGAAACAUUGGUUAUCUCCCAAACAUGUUGAGAGUGCUUGAUUGGCAUAGAUGUCCACUCCAAUCUUUUCCACCUAAUUUUCGUCCAAAGGGACUAGUUGUGCUCAAUCUGCCUUGCAGCCACAUCAAACAACUACGGGAGGGAUUGAAGCAUUUCACAAAGUUGACAUCUUUGAAUUUAGAGUGGUCUAAAUUCCUAACUGAAAUCCCCGACCUAUCCGGCAACCCAAACUUAAGGUACUUGAAUGCGAGUUAUUGUGAAAGUUUAGUUGAGGUUCAUCCAUCUGUUGGAUAUCUCGAUAAACUUCAAGUAUUGGAUUUUUGUGGCUGCCGUGAACUCACCAAGUUUCCAAAUAAAGUCUGGUGGAAAUCUCUGGAACGGUUGGGUCUUAGCAAUUGCAAAAAGUUGGAGAGUUUCCCAGAAAUUGUGGACAAAAUGGAAUCCUUAAUUGAAUUGGACCUUGGGAGAACUGCUAUAAAAGAGUUGCCUGCAUCAAUUGGACAUCUCAUUGGGCUGGAAAUAUUGCGCUUAUCUGAAAGUGCUAUAAAAGAGUUGCCUGCGUCAAUUGGACAUCUCAUUGGGUUGAAAAUUUUGGUCUUAUCUGGACGUCUUAUAAAAGAAUUGCCUUCCUCAAUUGGACAUCUAACUGCACUUGAAGCGUUAUCUUUAAAAGGAACUGCAAUAGAAGAGUUGCCUUCAUCAGUUAAAGAUCUCACUGCGCUUGAAAUUUUAGAUUUAGAAGGAUGUGAAAACCUUACAAAUCUGCCACAAAUUAUUUAUGGGUUGCAAAAGCUCAAUCGAUGCCUGAAACUUGUCACAUUUCCAAAUAAAUUGAUCUCUGAAGUUUUAUCGAGUGUAGAAUCACUUCCUUUGGAGGUUCGAACCAACGCAAAUAGUCCACGCGAUGGCGACUUGUUAAGUUUAUGGUCCAACUUAACAAUAAUUAAUCUAUCCAAUAGCAAUUUUGUCAGUCUUCCUGUGUGCAUUAGCAAAUGUGUCAACUUGCAGUGGCUUGACUUGAGUGGUUGCAAGAAGCUUGUAGAAAUUCUAGGACAACUUCCAGCGUCUAUAGAAAGUAUCAAUAUGGCUGAUUGCAUAUCACUGGAAAGAUUUUCAACAUUAUCAAAGAUAUUGGAAGACGGAGACAUGCAACAUAUCGAUUACAUGAAUUUGUCCAAUUGCCAUAGGCUAUGCGAUAAUAUAGGGUUGGACGCUGCAAAGAUGGCAAAUAUUUUAGUGAAGCAGCCAGUAGUCAAUACCGGACAUUUUAUUAAUGUUUUACUUCCAGGCAGUGAAGUUCCAGAGUCGUUCAGUUUUCGCAAGGACGUAGGUGUACUUCUUCCAAAUAAUAACGAUCAUUUGUUGGACUUCCCGAUUGAAAUUCCUUGGACUUCCUUAUUGGAGAACAUGGUUUUGUGUACUGUUUGUGAACCUACGGAAUCAUUUAUUAGGCCGUGCUUUCCUGGAUUGUCACUUUCGAAUUUGAUCGAUGGAGUCUGGGGAUUUCCUGGUGAUGAUUACUCAGUGUCAGAAGGAUUGACAGGGGCAGGUCAUGUGGAGCUGCGCUAUAUUCCAUUACCUGCUCACACGAAGCGAAAGAGGGCUCUUCAUCGAAUUAUUAAUGUUUCCUACAGAGGCGGCAGAGGGCUCUUCAAAAGCUUUGGGGCCGACCUGUCUCGUAACAGCAUGCCGAAGGAUGGUUUUUGGUUUUUGCUCAAUGCCAGAGGACGGUGA